AUGACAGAAUUAAAUGUUACUCAUUGGGUCGAUUUUGGAACAUUACUAGGUGCUUUACGAUAUGAAAGUAUCGUUAUCUGGGAUCAUGAUGCUGAUGUUUCAUUUGAUCGAAAAUUUGCAGAAUUACUUCAUGUUGGUGGAAAAGCACACAAGAUUGCUAAGGAACGAUAUGAUAUGUAUUUAAAUGCAGCAGUAAUAGUAUAUGAAGGAAUGCAAACAGAUAUAUACAGUUGGAAUAAAGAAUGGGAUGAUGGAAGUUUUAUAUAUACAAAAGCUGCGAAUCGAGGAUUAGAAUUAUUUGAAUCGCAAUUCAAUGAUUUUAAUGCUAGUUUUAUUGAUAAAACCGUUCUAAUACCAUUUGGUGGUGGAUUUGUUCGAUCUCCAUAUCCUCCAAUGGAAUUUAUUAAACAACGAUAUCCAACAUCAUAUAAAAGAUCAAUUCCUUUUAAAGUAUCUUGUUAUUUCCCUUGGAAUAUUCCUCAUUGGUUAUUUCAUAAUCAACCACUUCAUACAAUAGAAUAA